CACUUAUCAUCAUUAAUGUUUCUAUCAAUUUAUAUAAAUACACUACUCACUCACUUACUAAGUUCAAGAGCACUUGUUAAUUUCUCAAAAAUUAGUUAAAAUGGCUAGAACACCUUCAUGUGACAAAAGUGGAAUGAGGAAAGGAACUUGGACUGCUGAAGAAGAUAGGAAAUUAAUAGCUUAUGUUAGUAGAUAUGGUUGCUGGAAUUGGCGCCAACUCCCUAAGUUUGCAGGUCUUGCAAGAUGUGGGAAGAGUUGUAGAUUGAGAUGGAUGAAUUAUCUAAGGCCUAACAUCAAAAGAGGGAAUUUCACUCAACAAGAAGAAGACUUGAUUAUCACAAUGCAUAAAAAGCUUGGAAAUAGAUGGUCAACCAUCGCGGCGGAAUUACCUGGAAGAACAGAUAAUGAAGUGAAGAACCAUUGGCAUACUUCCCUCAAAAAGAGAGUUCAACAUAACACAAUCACAAAUAGUGAAGAAAUCAAAGCUACUAAAUCAAGAGAUAUUACCAUUUCCCAAGUUACUACUCCAGCUAGUUCCCAAGACACCAAUGGCCCAUUAUCCCCAUUUUCAUCAUCAAGUGAAUUCUCUUCCACUCAUGAUUUGGAUGAUAUGAGUUUUAUAGAUGCUUUUAUUGAAUCUAUGGAUCAAAGUUUUUUGUUGGAUGACCUUACCAACACACCAAAUGGAAUAGUGCAAAACAAUACUAAUUGUGAUUUUCAAAAUCAAGAUACUUCUUUAGUGUCUCCAAAUUAUUCUUCCAAUGAUGAUAGUAAUUUGGUUGUGGAUAAUGAUUUUGGCAGCUUUGUAGAUGCGUACUACGAGUCAACAGUUGAUAAUUUUUGGACACCAUAUGAAGCUGAAAUGUCACAUGUUCCAAGCCACAUGCUGAUGACAACUUUGCCGAUGGAAUCUGAAUAUUUUUCGGUAGUAUAUGAUGAGGAUCUUUGGAGUUGAAGUAAUUUGUAAUACAUACUAGUAUAAGAUAUUAGACUUUUUAAUUAAUAAAAUAAACUCAUGAUACUUGUUGGAACAAAGAGAACGUUUUUUAACUCCUGUAACAACAAUCCUCCUUGUGUUUAUGGUUGUAAAACAUUUUGAUUUUGAUUCAAAUAUCAUUUUGAGAUUCAGAAUCUAAUGCUUUAAUGAUGCACAAUAUAUGAGCAUGUCGGAAAAUGUUUCUUUCAACUGAGAUUCGAACUUUAAGUUGUGGG